GUGAGUGUGAGAAGGUGAAGCAGAAGGUAAACAUGGCUCGCUGUUUCCUCUGCAGAUCUGUCGGAGUGUUUCAGCUCCUCAGGACUCAAACCCCGCUCUCAGGAACCCGGUUUUACUCUCACACAGAACCGGAACCGCUGACGUUAAGACAGCAAAACAACGGAAUCAGGAGAAUAAUAUUGAACAACCCCAAGAAAAGGAAUGCUCUGUCUCUGUCCAUGCUGGAGUCCCUCAGAGAAAACCUCCUCACUGACGUCGACAGCGAUGACCUCAGAGUGGUCAUCAUAUCAGCCAGAGGGCCAGUGUUUUCCUCCGGACACGACCUGAAGGAGCUGACGUCGGCUCAGGGACGAGAGUAUCACACCAGAGUGUUUCACAUCUGUUCAGAGGUAAUGACUCUGAUUCAGGACAUCCCUGUUCCGGUCAUCGCCAUGGUGAACGGUGUUGCCACGGCGGCCGGUUGUCAGUUGGUCGCCAGCUGUGAUGUUGCCGUGGCGACGGAGCAGUCCACUUUCGCCACCCCGGGGGUGAACGUCGGUUUGUUCUGCUCCACGCCGGCCGUCGCCAUCGGAAGAGCCGUGCCCAGGAAGGUUGCUAUGGAGAUGCUGUUAACAGGAAGUCCCCUCUCGGCCCAUAAUGCAUUGCUGCACGGUCUCAUCAGUAAGGUGGUGCCGGAGGAUCGUCUGGAGGAGGAAACGUUAUUGAUCGCUCAGAGAAUCUGUCAGGCGAGUCGCCCGGUCGUCGCCCUCGGGAAGGCCACGUUCCAGAGACAAAUGUCUCAGGGUCGAGACGCCGCGUACGCCACCGCCUCCAGAGUGAUGGUGGACAACCUGGCGCUGAGAGACGGACAGGAGGGGAUCCGAGCGUUCAUCGAGAAACGAAAACCAGUGUGGAGCAAUAAAGCAGAGAAAGCCCACGACUGAUGGACUCGUUGACUCUAAUAGAGGAGAUGUUACCAGUCUCAAGAGAAUGGGAGGGAUAUCCUACUUUUAAAAUGUAGAUGUGUAAUUGGACGAUUGAAGUGUGAAUUGUUGACUCGAUGAACCGUCGUGUGCCUUCGAAGCUGCAGUGUGGAGAUGAGAAGGAAAUGAAUCUCUGAGACAAAAUGGACUAAGAAUGCUGCUCUCUGUAUUUGUAUAAUUGUAAAUACAAUAAAUAAGAUUACAAAUUCAAA